GGAAGAAGGAAUCCAACAGGACUGUAGGACCUGAGGGACAGAGGUUAGACCGCUGGAGGAGACAGACUGGACCAAACAAACUACAGGGCUUUUAUUCUGAAAGUUCCCAUGUGUUGCUCUACACUGUAACAACCUUUCCAUGGGACAAAGGUCUGUGACUGCAGAACUAUGGACUGUAAAUGUGAGGCUGAAGCUGACGGUGCCGGUGCAGGCUGGAUGGGCAGCAGCAGUAACCUGCAGAUGGGAGGUUAUGCAGUGGUGGGGUAUCUGCUCUACAGGUUCUCACAGACCCUCCCUGCUCUGAUCCGAUGGCCCAUCCGUAUCUUCUGCUCUAUAACCGGUCUGUCGGCUCUGUGGGGCUGGGUGGGCCGACUGGUCAGAACCAUCACUGGUAUUGGACGUGUGAUUAAAUGGCUGACUGGAAUGUGGCGGUGGAUCCAAGUGUUCACCUCAAAGUUCAGAUGGUUCUUUGACUUCAUCACAGGUUCCUCCAGACACAGAGACAAAGUCCUCCACAGCAGCCUACUGAGCGUGCUCAGUGGCAGAAGUGUCUCCACAGACCUCAGACUAAUCGUUCUGGGGUCUGCAGACGGGGGACAGACCUCUGUGUUGGACACCAAUGGGACGUCCACCAGACCACCCACUGGAUCUCUGAAGGAGAGCACCAAGAGAAGGAUCAUAGUGGACGACAACGGACACGUGACAGUGAUUGACACUCCAGACCUUCUAGGACUGUGGACGUCCAACGAAGAGCGAGCCAGAGAAGCUCUGCGGAGCCUCCAGCUGGCCAGCCCUGGUCCGCACGCAUUCCUGCUGGUGAUCCAGGUCCCAGGUGUGAACAGGACGGUCCACCUGGAAGCCCGUCGGGCCCUUCAGACCACCCUGGACCUGUUUGGAGAAGCAGCAUCAGAGUACAUCAUCCCAGUUCUGACCCACACGGACCAUGUGGACCAGACUGUAGAGCAGCUGCUGGACCAGAACAACGGUGCUUUGAGGACGGUUCUGUCUGUGUGCAGCCAGAGAGCGGAGCUGGUGGACGUCCAACCACACUGCCCCCCCCUGGAGGAGCAGAGGGCCAUGGGCAGGAAGCUGAUGGAGCAUGUGAUGGAGCUGAAGGAGCAGAAGGGGCAUUUCAUCCACGAGCUGCAGAGGAGGGAGAACCAGGUCAGGGAGGAGCUGCUGGAGGACAUGAGCUGUGCACUGGCCAAAAAACUGGGACCAAACUGACUGAGGAGGACAUUUGGUGAAUUUGUGUGAAUAAAUGUGAAUAAUCUCUCCAUUUUGUGACUCCUUCACAAAAUGUGUCACAAAAUGGAGAGAUUAACAUUUAUUUAUUUAUUUUUUUGCUUUUUUUUAUUGAACUUGUGAAAAUAAACUCUCAACAGGGAUAAUAAUACAGUAACACUAAUGAACAUAAAUAAAAUAAAGUACAAAAAUCAUGGGGAUAUGAAGGGCAAGAGCAACAAGUGUUCAGAGAACACAAACCUCCACCAAGCACCCCAAACGGUGUGCAUGUGUGGAUCGACUAUUUCUUUUUAAAUUAAACAGUUUCAAGGUUGUUCCAUACAGCAGAAAAAGUUGAAGC